UUUGAACAUUUUCUAAAAAACCAUUCACCAAGGUUGAUUCAGCGAAGAUGGCCCAACAACCAAGCCCGAACCCGACUCCGCCGGCGCCGGCGCUCCACCAGAUGGAUGCGGACGAAGACGACGAUACCGUGAAGCAACUCCAAGAGUGCUCUGCUGUUUACCUAGCCUUACAGGAUUGCCUUGUUGAAAACAACCGUAACUGGAAGUCUUGUCAAAAGAAAGUUCAAGCUUUGAAGGCUUGCAAUGAGAAGAGAGCGAACAGGAAGGGUACUUGACUGUUAAACAAAUUUUCCUUUUCACAUUUGAUUUGAGAAUUAGGUUCUGACAGACUGACAUCUCCAGAAAUAAUGAAUUUCAAUGCAGAUCAGUAUAGAAAGGGAUUUUCAGUUCAUUACUUUGCAGAAUGUUGCAUGGAUUAAUUGUUUGAAUAAUAUAUAUAUAUAUAUAUCCAGAAUAUUGAGCCAAUGAAAAAUAUGAUUGUCUACUA